UCUUGAAUGCAGCACAAUUUACGUCCAACGGAUUGGCUCUUCACGUCAAGCCCCGCCUUCUUCCGAGGAGCGUUAAUACCUUAACGUCAACCCUGGUUGUCACAGUAAACAAGAAACUUCGACACUACAGACGCAAUAUGAUCAAUUGGAAGGCUUUGGACAAUGUCCCCGUCCUGCUGUACAUUCUGGCCCUGAAGACACUGCUGCUGUGUUUGGCGUUCGCCGGGGUGAAGAUCUACCAGAGUAAUAAGAUAGAAGCGGCCCUGAAGAAGGAGCGUGCUGAGAAGUUGAGGAUAGCCCAGCAGGCCCAGGAGCUCAUAGACAACAAGAAGGAUGACUGAGCAUAGAGGAGAAGCCUGCUGUACACAGGGGAACAUGUUACGGACCACUUUCUCCACAUAUGAGCCAGAUGUCUGAGUGGGGGCAACAGCAGGGCCUUCCUGUCCCUUAGGAAAUUGUUUGCGGUACUGGUUUCCUAUAUCGGUUUUCUAUAUAUUCUGCAAAUGUUUAACCACACCAGGUUUUUUUAUCAAAUUUAAAUGACCGCAGAAAAGAUGAGGGCCUGUUUUCUCUUUUGAAACAGAGAUUAACUACUUUACUUAAAUCAGUAAUAUACAAUACAGCACGGUAUUUAUUCUUUAAUAUUCCUUGUAAAUUGUGAACCAGCUUUGUGCCAAACUUUUGUAAUUGUAUUAAAUAGUUUGUUCCACUUGUU